AUGCGUUGGCCCCAGCUGCUCAGCUCUGCUGCUGUCCUGCUACCUGCCCUUGCGGCUGCGCGCCCCGCCGAGCUCGACGCCCGCGACCAGAUCCUCCUCACCUCGACGCCGUCAUCUGCACUCGACGACGCCCACGACUCGGCGCGCAUCCCUCGCGACGAGCCCGAGAUCGGCACGGGCCACCUGUCGCAAUGGAGCAAGCAGAACAAGGCCGACUUUCUCCACGCCCUGCGCAACAACUCGGCCUCCGACUGGGUCGUCGUCAUGGGCAACGAGGCGUCCGACGCCGACAGCCUCGUUUCGGCUCUGGCGCUCUCGUACAUGUACACGCACUUGCCUGAGCCCAGGAAGGCUGUCGCGCUGCUCCAACGCGAGGAAGAUGCCCUGGACCUGCGCCCCGAGAACGGCCUCGCGCUGCACUACGCCCGCAUGUCGUCGGGCCAUCGCGACCUGCUCACCAUCGACGACCUCCCGAUGAAGCCCGAGGAGGUCAGCCGCCGCAUCGAGGGCAUCGCGCUCGUCGACCACAACGUCCCGCUGUCGGUCUGGGCAGGCGCCAAGGUCGUCGCCAUCUUUGACCACCACGACGACCGCGGCUACGCCAACGACACGGCCAACCCGCGCAUCAUCGAGCGCUCGGGCUCCUGCUCGUCCCUGGUCACGCGCUACAUGCUCGACCAGCUUCCUGACUCGGCAUCUUCAUCGUUCCACGGCCCUAUCCCCAAGGAGCUCAUCGAGUUGAUCCUGCGCACGAUCGCCGUCGACACGUCGGGCCUCAAGAAGGACUCGAGCCAGCCGGUCGACCUCGAGGCCGCCGAGCGCAUCUUCCCGCGCAGCACGUGGCGCAACCGCGACUUCAAGACGUCGAUGAAGCUCCUCGACAAGGACAUGAGCGCGUCGCGCAAGGCGCUCGAUACGCUCGACGUGAGGAGCCUGCUUCGCCGCGACUGGAAGGGCGACGUCAUCAAGACCAAGUCGAGCAAGCACUCGAUGAUCAGCCUCGGCUUUGCGUCGGCGCCCGUCUCGCUCGAGGAGCAGAUCGAGCGCACGCCCGAGGGCACCGCACCCGAGUGGUUCGCCAUCGAGCGCGCCUGGACGUCCGAGAUCCAGGCCGACGUCUCGGUCGCGCUCACCAACUUCCGCGGCGACGACGGCGAAAAACAUCGCCAGCUCGCCGUCGUCGUCGCGCACGGGUACGGUCACCGGCUGCACGACGGUUCGGCCAACCGCCUGUUCCGCGCCAUCGUCAAGGCGAUCGAGGACUCGGGCGUCGAGGGCAUGAAGAAGUGGAAGCGCCCCGACGGCAAGAAGCUCCUGCCGCGCAGGGCCGUCUGGCAGUACCAGUCCGACUUUGCAAGCCGCAAGUACUGGAGGCCGAUCAUCGAGGCGUCCGUCCGCGAGUGGGAGGGCUGAGAGGGAGCGCACGUGUAGAAGGACGGACGGGAGGGCCGCCUCGCAUCUCGCCGGACUUUUCUCGCUGACUC